UGGAGGCGGGCGGGGGGAACAGCGCGAAGCCGUCGCCGCUUUUCCGUCCCUCUCGUUUCUCGCCUCGGUCCAGGCAGCGCGUGGAGGGGAAGGACCGAGAUGAGCAGCACCGUGGCCAGCCCGAUGUCGGCAGUUGCCUCUUCAAGCAGUGGAAGAAGAUCAACAAGCUUUACACUUGAAUUGCAGAGUAUGAUGUUUUCCCUGGGAGAUGCUCGCAGGCCACUCCAUGAAACUGCAAUUCUGGUGGAAGACAUUGUUCACACUCAGCUGAUAAAUUUGUUGCAGCAAGCAGCUGAAGUUUCUCAGAUGAGAGGAGCUCGAGUCAUCUCUGCUGAAGAUCUCCUGUUCUUAAUGCGCAAAGAUAAGAAGAAGCUUCGAAGGCUACUCAAAUACAUGUUUUUUCGAGACUACAAAUCUAAAAUUGUCAAAGGAAUAGAAGAAGAUGACAUCCUCGAAGACAAAUUCAGCAGCAAUAACACCAACAAGCGGCAGAAGCUGGCCCAGGACUUCCUCAACUCCAUUGACCAGACUGGAGAGCUCUUGGCCAUGUUUGAGGAUGAUGAGAUUGAUGAUGUCAAGCAGGAGCGCAUGGAGAGAGCAGAAAGACAAACACGAGCCAUGGACUCAGUCCAGUACGCAGAAUUCUGUGAAAGUCGGCAAUUGAGUUUUUCAAAGAAAGCAUCCAAGUUCCGUGACUGGCUGGACUGUAGCAGUAUGGAAAUAAAGCCAAAUGCAGUUGCAAUGGAGAUUUUGGCCUAUUUAGCAUAUGAGACUGUGGCCCAGCUGGUGGACUUGGCCCUUUUGGUUAAACAGGACAUGACUCCAAAAGCUGGUGACCCAUUCAGUCAUGCCAUAUCUGCCACCUUCAUACAGUACCACAACUCUACUGAGCCCCACCUCUUAGGGCAGUCUGCGAGUGUGAAGACCAGUCUUGACUCCCCUGAGAACACACCACCCCCUACACCCACCCCACCAGCAUCAGCAGGGCAGCAACACCUUGGGAAAACCCCCUCAGGAGCCUUGGGGAACGGUGGAAUUGGACAAGACUCCACCAAAUCCAAACAAAGGAAAAGAAAAAAGAGCACUGCAGCCUGUGGGAUGGAGGCUCAAAGUGAUGCCAUUCAGCCCAGCCACAUCAGAGAGGCCAUUCGGCGCUACGGCCACAAGAUUGGCCCCCUUUCCCCAUUCACAAGUGCCUACCGCAGGAACGGGAUGACUUUUCUCGCCUGCUGAUGUGGAUGUGGCUGCAGCAACAGGAAAGACAGUGUUAUAUUAAGGUGAUUUUCUUUUCCCCUCCAUGGAAGGAAAAAAAUACAAGCUCCAAUGUCUCCAUGUACCAGUGAGUGGGCUGGUUUGUUGUGACUAUCUGCUGGCUGUCUCUGUCUCUUUUUCCAGCCCCCUCAAUCAUUAUUCUUGUUUACUAGCUGGAACAUUUAGCUAAUUAAUGGCAGGAUGUUUGGGAUAGGGUGUAGGUGGACAAGAAUGCAGCUCAGACAAUGCUGGAGUUUGCAGGGGACUUUCUGACUGCCGUGUCAUUUUUAUUUAAGUGUCUGGAAGUCUGUAUGUUC